AUGGAUAACGAGGAAAAUUUAGAAGGGAUGAUGGGGGAGUGGUUGGAGUAUGCUGAAACUAAUUUGUCAAGUUCUGAUGAAGAACAAGCGAUGGAAAGGAAGAAAGAGAACUUCCCAUCAAGAUUUACUGUUGCGAGAGAUAUUUACAAUGCGUUUCUAGAUCAGAAGAAAGAGUUGAAGUCGAUUUUGAAGAGAAUUAUCAACUUUAUCCAAGUUCCUAGCCAUAAAGGGGACUUGGUGGGGAAAGAGUUGAUAAAUUGUCUUAAUGAGUGGGUAACUGAUGGGUUGAAAGAGUUGAAUGAUGCAAUUUCAAGCAUUCGAAAUGCUAUGAGAUAUGUGCAGUCAUCUCCAGCUAGACUGAAAAGAUUUAAAGAAAGUUGCAAGGAUGCAAACAUUGAAUCAAAAGCCUUGUUAUGCUUGGAUGUGGUUACUAGGUGGAACUCCACUUACUUGAUGUUAGAAUCUACUAUAAAAUUCAAGAAGGCUUUUGAGAAUUUGGAAGCAGAUGCGAACUACACAAAGUAG